AUGUCUUCAGCGGUAACCGCCGUCGCCUCCACCGACGACAACGUCGCGGCGGCCGCCGCCGAGAAGAAGCCACCACCGAGGAGGUUCCCGCCGCCGUGCUGGACUCAAGAGGAGACUCUGGUCCUGAUCGGCGCGUACCGGGAGCGGUGGUACGCCGCCCGCCGCGGCUACCUCCGGACGGCGGACUGGGACGCGGUCGCCGCGGCGGUGGCGGAGCGCUGCCCCGGUGCAUCCCCGCCGAAGACCUCCGCGCAGUGCCGCCACAAGAUGGAGAAGCUCCGGCAGCGCUACCGCGCUGAGAAGCAGCGGGCGGCCCUCUCCUUCCCGUGUCCCCCGGGCCGGAACACCUCGCCGUGGUUCUUCUUCGAGAACAUGGAUGCUAUGGAGAACGGCACGGCGCCACCGGCGCCGGGGCGGAAGCCGGAGGAUCCGCCCGACGGAUCUCAGCUGAACUCCCCGCAUCUGGAGCAAAAUCUACUGAAAUUCAAGCUCAAGGCAACAAAUAACCCGGAAUCCAGCCCGGAAUCAGGACUGAGACUAAGUUCAUCCUACUUCGACACGGCAAUCGCCGGCAGAGACGAGCAAGGCACGCCCGAUUUCUCUAACCGCGCACCGAAAAUCCACCCCACGAACAGAAUUCCGAUCGCCAUCCCUCCGUUGAGGUCGAUAUCGAAGACUCCCGGCGAACUGUUCGCCGAUCUCGCCUCCGGCGGCGGAUUUUACCAACAGAUGCUGCCUCCAGGCUUCAGAACAAACCAAUUCCGAUCCGAUUACAGUCCACCAAACAACAACAACAACAACAAUUUCGCAGAUCCAAGCAAGAGAGCAAGCUACUGGCCAAACAUAAACCCGAAUUCGGAUCCUCGACCCGAGACCCGCGGAUCCAAAAGGGGGAGAGAAAGAGAUGAGCUGGCGAAGAUCGUGGCGUCGAUCAAGCUGGUGGGCGAGGGGUUUUUGAGAGUGGAGAGAGAGAAAAUGGCCAUGGCGAGAGAGAUCGAGGGGAUGCGCAUGGAGAUGGAGAUGAAAAAGAACCAAAUGCUGCUUGAAUUUCAGAGGGAAAUUGUGGAGGCUUUUCGCAGGGGCAUGCUCGAGUUGAAGAAGAUGAAGGAGGUGGGAUCCGAUGGAGCUGCAGGUCCAGGUGAACCGUAA